AACGCAUCAGACAUGGCGGACGAAAACGACGAUUUUCUCAAACCAAAGCAUAUUAAAUUCUUCGAGAGGUGUCUCCAGAUCCUCCCCAGUAGAUAUUGUUCGCUGGAUACAAACAGGGAUGUUGGCACUAGGGGGUCAUUAUGUGGGAGGAAGUUAAGCAGGAGUACCUGUAGGAAACCCAAGUGUCUGAGUGGGCGACCACCUAGCUGCAAUAAUGUAGCCCUAUUCGAUUUUUUUUAUUCUGACGUUUUCGGGACAGAGCUACAAUUCCUUAGGAUGUCUAUAAUGGUGCAAAAUGAUUUUGUGAAUAACUGAUAAUAAGCUCCGUGUAAUAGUCCCAAAUGUUGUUUACACUAAAAGGAGUAUCAUCUUUGUGCUUUGGCAUGUCUAAUGAAGGUGUUUUUCAUUCAAUAACAUGUACAGCAUGCACAAUUCUUCGUCUGCUCCACCAUGCUUGUUAUCACAAGAUCUCGUAGGUGGAUCUACUGAAAAACCUAAGCUAAACAUUGACAAUCUGUGCAAAAAUGUAGUUACUCGAGCCACUCCGACAAAGAAAGGAAAAUCAUAUGGUUGCAGAAAGAAUUUACACUCUGCUGUUCGUUUGUUAACUUGAUAUUAAAUCUAAGCCUUUUUAAUACUGAAGAAAUAACUUUCUCCUCCGUACUUGUCCAUUGAUGUAAAUACUACCUUAUUUGGCAUAUGCAAAUAACUUGACAUCGGAAGUUGAAACUUCAGUACAUCAAACAUGGCACAUAAAUAUGAAUCGAGAAAUUGGAAUAUAUCGAAUGUUGAAAACGGUAGAAUAGAGCCUCAUAAAUCUUAAGUUGCAGGUGUAAAUUUAUAUAUUUGUUAUUGACUAAGAAACAUAGAAUAUCAUUUUAUUUACAUAAAGAAAGUCAGGAAAUGUUUAGAAUGAUUGAAAAUGUUGCAGGAGUUAAUCACUCCCCCCCCCCCCCCCCCAAAAAAAAAAUCAGAGAGGGCUACAUUAUUGCAGCAAGCGACCACCUUGCCUUCUCACAUACAACCACUGCCGAUCACGGGGAUCAAACUCGGGUCACAAUGUGAGGAGCAAGAUGACAAUUGCUUUUUUUGCACUCUCCGGUCUUGAUCUCCUGAAUGCUUUGAACAGAAUAGAAAAGGACAAGGAUAAAAUCAUUCAGUGGAUUUAUUCCUUGCAAAUUCUUCCAAAUGAAGAUGGGUCCAACAUUUGUCAGUGUGGAUUUCGAGGUUCAUCAACAAACACAGUCAAUUCUCAGAAAAAGAGGAACGAGUUGAAAUUAGACAGUGGUCAUAUAGCGAUGACUUACACCGCUUUAACUUCGUUGCUCAUUCUUGGAGAUGACUUGGGCAAAGUAAACAAAUUUACAGUGCUGAGUGCAUUACGCAAUCUUCAACAAGAGGAUGGAAGUUUCUGCUGUGUACCGGAAGGAAGUGAAAAUGACAUGCGGUUUGUUUAUUGUGCGGCUUGUAUUUGUUACAUGUUAGAUGACUGGUCAGGGAUGGAUGUGGAAAAAGCUGUGGAAUUCAUACAAAAAAGUCAGGCAGUCUUACGAAGGUGGGAUAGGACAAGGUCCAGACUUGGAGGCUCAUGGUUAGUAUCAGGAGGUUCAACAUUCUGUGCAAUAGCUGCCUUGGCACUUAUGAACAAAUUAAAGACUAGCUUUACUCCUAAACAAUAUAAACGACUACAAAGGUGGUGCAUUAGUCGACAGCAGUCUGGAUUUCAAGGACGACCGAACAAACCUACGGAUACAUGCUACUCAUUUUGGGUGGGAGCCACUCUCAAGCUUAUAGAUGCCUACCAUCUGAGUGAUGCCCAGUGUAACCGAGGGUUCUUAAUGGAGACGCAGGACGCAAUCACAGGAGGGUUUUCUAAAUGGCCAGACCAUACUCCAGAUGCCCUACAUGCCUAUCUAGGAGUGGGUGGGCUGUCCCUGCUGAAGGAGGAGGGUGUUCUAUCCAUGCAUGCUGCAUUAAAUAUCAGUCAACGCGCCAGUGAACAUCUCGACAGCUUACACUCAAAAUGGAAAAAUUAACAAAAUGUAACUUAGGUCUAAAUUAAUCUGAGAUUAACUCAUUUUCUGUGAUCGUUCGACUAUUUUGUAUUAUACAUUUAUCAAUUUUGAUAUAUUUUUCUAUUGUAUAGAAAUACAACUUUUUUAUGUCCAAGUGCAUGUAAACAUUAUUGCCAACAUUUUGAUAUCAGUACGUAUAUGGUAUUCAGUAAAAAUUAUUUGUGAAUCUUGUGAAUAUGAUGUGAAAUGUGAUUCAAUAUAUCAGUUACUAUAAAUUUCAACUAGGGUAUGAAUAUUCAUACAAUUUUUUAACUAUUCUGUGUGAUUAUUGAUAUUGGGUGGAUGAUUAGAGAUUUUGAACAUGUGUACAAUAAGUUUGUUGAAAUAUUUCUGCACAUUUCUUAAUGCUGUUAGAUUGUUUCAAGUCUGAGAUGUCAAUUUGACAAUAACACACACACACACCCACCACCACCACCAAAAAAAAUCUAAAAGGCAAAAUUUUGAAACUAGGAUUAAUGAUUGUGUUCCCUGUUUUUCCAAACAAAAAAGAUUGUCAUGCAAGGAAUAUUUCUUAAAUUGAGACCUUUCAAGCACUACUGCUAUCUACCCAGAGUUAUCGUUCCUGCUACGCUCCACAAAUACCUCUGUCAACGUCUAAAAAGUCUAUCAAAAUGUACUGAAAGUAACUUUAGCAUAUCAAACUGUAAUGAUGAUAUCUAAGCAAAUCAAACAUUUGUCUGAAUUUUUUAAAAGCAGAAAAUGGUAAAUAUGAAACACCUGAGCAAAUUAAAAGGUGUAUAUAAAUAUUCAUUUAAUAUUACUAGAAUAUUCAUGAAAUUCGUUGUUUUUGUGAACCUACUUUAAGAUUUAAAACUUAAAUCUAAAACUUUUAAAAUUAUUAUUUAUUAUACAAUAGGUAAAAGUAAGUUUUGCCAUGAAUCCUGACAUUUAGACGUUGACAUAGGUGUUGUAGCGGAGCAUAAUACGCCCUCUGGUGAGAGAUUGGUAUUGCUGUAAUACUGAGACUCCAUAUUUAAUAAUUUUAUUGUAACUGUUGAAAAAUACACAGAAACAUACUCCCUGAAUCAAAACUCUUUGAUAGAGAUUAUGAUUAAAUUUCUGACAAUGUUUCAGAAAAUGACCUGUGUGUGUGUUGUAUAUAAUCCUGUUUUUGUAUCAUCUGAUUUGUGUAAUACGUGCAAACAUUUCAGCACCAUCUUUGAACGUAUGGUGUAGGCCUUUGUGUAUAAGAUGUUGUUUGAACGGAAUGAAUAAUAUGGUAUCAGUUUAAAGUGUGUGUGGACGAGUUUCCUUCAGAUGUUAAAAAGUAAAACAAUUUUAAACUAACUAAAGUCUGACAGAAAUAAAAACUUGUGCUGGUUUAAAGUGAAUUGUGCAUUCGAAUAUAUGUACGUACUUAUUUUUAUUAAUAAAUAUGAAUCUUUGAA